UUAUAUUUUAUUUUCUUUCAGGUGCUUAUCACAUUAAUUGGCGUUUUGCUUGCAAAUUCGGCUUCAGAACCUAUAUUACCCACGGAUUUUUCGAACGAAACGCAUCGUCAAAGCAACAACAAAAGUCUGAACAAAAACUAUCAAGACUGGUUAGGUGGAGAAGAUACGUCGAUAGAAGAAGAGGUAGCCGACCAUCAUUGGCUGUCUAGUCGUAAGAGCCAAGAAUAUCUAGUCGCUGUCGGUGGUCAGGAAGACUGUUGUCCGUCACAGAUGGAAAUGAUCGAACCGAACGGCGGAAGUAACCCAGACGGGCUGUACGUUGAGCUUUUCAGUGACGGGGCCGACAAGCAGAGGUUCUACGAGGUGUCGUGCAAGCCGGGCGUCGAGGGCAAGCCGUGUCUGUUCAUGGAGCGCAAGCUGCACGCGCACUCGACGUGCGUGCAACGGUAUUCGUAUUCGUACGCGAUCGUGCGCGAGGAGAACGCCCGGCACCACCACGGCAUGAGCAGUGGACAGUACAACAGCAACGGCGGCAAGCAGACGUUCCAGUCGCUGUUCCCGAACGACAACAACGUUUGGAAAUUGGAUUACAUAAAGGUGCGCAGCGGGUGCGCGUGCAUGUUGCAGACGCCCAAGAAAAAGCAACAAAAGCAGAGGCGGAAGAACGGCGGCGGCGGUGCGGGGGGCAGCAGUGGCGGCGGCGGCAAGAGCAGGUCGCAACAGUGAGCGAUGACCAAGACGACGCCGACAACGACAACGACGACAUUACACUAUUACAGCGGCGGCGGCGGCGGCGGUGAUGACGCCACUGCGCCGUCGAGCACGGUGUGUUCCGCGAGUCCUAUUCAAUAGACGACGACGACCCUUUUUAAUUCGUGUCGUCGUGUUCCCCCCCCCCCCCUCAUCGCGCGCCUACGCACAAUAAUUAUAAUAAUAAUAAUAUAAUGUAAUAUUACGCCGUACAAGCAUGUUAUGAAUUAAAUUUAUUAAAUAUUUCACCUAAUAUUAUUAUAUCGUGUACGCCGACACGCCUCUCAUCCGUUUCCGACUCGACGACGAUUGUUUUCUUUUUCCACCCAUAAAUUUAUAGGUAUUAUUUUUAUUUUUUGUACUAAAUUAUAAAAUAUUGUUAUGAUAUUAUGCAAAACAAAACAAAAAAAACCACAAGCGAUAUUUUUAUCCUCGAUUUUUUUUUUUAUCGCUUCUAGUUUGUUUUUUAAUCCAACGAAACACACGUGCGCACGUCAUGCCGCGCGAGUCUUCUUCUUAUUCUACUUCUUCUUCUCCACCUCCAAUUUUUUGAUUUUUUUUUUUUCAUUCACUCUCGCCUUAAAUAAUACGUUCGCCGCCGCACUAUAUAGCGAUUUCACGUAAACACCGCACACACUCGCAAUUUAUAAAGACGUUAAGAAAAAAAAAAUAGCAUUAAUUUAUACGUCGCCACGAACCGUUUUAUUAAUAUAUUAUAUAUUUUUUUUUAAUCAAAUUUUAUAAUUCAAUAUAAUAUAAAAUAAUAUACACAUAAUACACGACUAUAUUAUAUAUUAUAGUGUAGCGAGCGGUUAUAAUAAUAAUAAUAAUAAUAUAUAAAAUAUAAUAUUAUACUGUUUAUAGUCAUUCGAAUGUUACCUUAGGCUUAUGAAUACAGAAUAGGUAAUAUUGUUAAGUAAUUACGACUGCUUCGCAACGAUAGGUAGGUAGGUAGGUAGGUAUGUAGGUAGGUAUAUACAUACUACAUAAUAUAAUAAGUGCAUAUUAUAAUAUUAAAAAAAUAAUAAUAAAUGUUUUUUGUUUUAUAUUAUAUACAUACUCGUUACCUCGAUCUAUAAUUAUCAUCUUCGGGAUGAAUUACAACAUGUUAAUUUUUUUUUUUUAUCAAACAAAAGCGCUGCGUUUUACUACUUAUUAUAUAUACACACACACACUCUCUCGCGUAAUCUCUCCUUAUAACUUAAUAUGCUUCUAAAUUAAUAUUAUAUUUUGUAUAUUAUUAUCCUCUUCUUCGGCACCCGCAUUAUUAACUUAUUAUUUUUUUUUCCUUCGUCAUUCUGUUGUACAUCAUAACCAAUAAUAUUAUAAUAUAUGUGUUUUUUUUAAUCUUUAUAAGUGUACGUUAAAAUAUAUGGUAUGGAUAUAUAUUAUAUAUAUAUAUAUAUAUAUUGACAUAUUAUCAUAUGUGUAUAUUUAUUUAUUUUUUGUUAAUAUUAUAUUACCGUGUUGAUAAUAUAGUAGGAAUGUACUUUAUACAAUAUGUACACAUACGUAUUUAUUCACUACAAUCAUUGUACAUUCUAUGUUGUUUAUUUAUUUACUACUUUUAAUUACAUAAUUUAUAUAUAUUAUACACCACAUACAUACUAUUAUUACCUAUGUAUAGCUAUUAUAAUAAUUUAAUUAUCGAAUAUUUUUUUUAUUUGUAUUUUUUGUUUUUUGUCAAUUUCAAUUUUGGUCCGUUUCAUAUAUUAUAUUAAUGACCCAUUAAGCUGUUUUUGCCACACAUAAUUGCGUCAUUCUAAACGUUACCUAACAUGGCCGAUAGUAGUUACAUAACCGAUGUCAAACGCAUACACACAAGUGCCCACUUAAUAUACCUAAUAUUAUAUCUUUAUACAAAUAUUUUUAUAUUCGAGUUUGUAUCCAGACAACGACUGUGUACUAAAUAAUAAUAAUAUAGGUAAUAGCACAAAAUAAUAAAAUAUAUUUUACUACGUAGUGGAAUAGUUUAUGCAUAAUAUAACACUGCAAACCUAUUAAUAUUGUUAUAUAAUAAUACCUCGCGUGCUUCUGUCCAUGCCAUGUUAUUAUUAGGAAUUCGUUCAAAAUCCCGACAAAUCAAAACCUUGACAGUUCAAAAUCCAGACGAAUUAUCAUUUAAAAUAUAAAAAUAUAUUAUAAUAUACAAUAUGAUCGAUGUUAAAUUUAGCAGGUAUAUAAGUGCACAAACAUACAACUAUAAUACAAAAUAUAUUGUUGAUAUAAUAUAUAAAUAUUAAUGAUAUAAGUAUACAACUAUAUCUUAUCUAAAUAUACAUGGGCGAAGAUGUGGGUCAGCUAAGCCCCACAAAAAAAAAAAACUCCGAAGCCCAACCUAAUAUUUCCUAUCUUAAUCACCCUCGUCAGUUUAACAAAAUUAAUAAAAUUAUGUUAUUGUAAUAUCAUUCACGACUUUCCGAGUUCAUUUAUAUUUUAAACUCGAUUUAAUAAGUUUUUGAUUUGUCGGGGUCAUGACCAAGACCUAUUAUUGUAUUUAUCAUUUCACGUCAACGUUCGCUUGUACUGUUCGAUUGACAUAUUAUUAAUAUUAUGUUCGAAUGUCGUACACGAUUCGUUGCGAACAGUUCGAAUUUUCAAUAAGAUAAUAUUAUAACAAAUUACUACACAUUUCUGUAGGCAAUAAAUUAACCGGAUACGAAUCGCAUACGACAUUCGAGCGUGCGCUUAUUAUAUACCUAAAAUAUCAUAUUAUAAUAUUAUCAUUGUCCGACUUUUUUUUUUUGUCUAAUGUAUAAAUGUGCACAGAAACGAUGAGAAAAAAAAAUUAA